GCACCGCAUCCCCAAGGAGCAGUGGUGGCUGAAGCUUCGGCCCAUCCUCAAAAUCCUGGCCAAGUACAACAUCGAGUUGGACACCUCAGAGAAGGCCCAUCUGGAGCACAUCACACGCAAGGGGCCCAUGGCUGCCAGCACCUCCCUCCCUGACCCCACCAGUGACCUGGACAGGAACGUGCCCCGGAUCUGUGGCGUCUGUGGGGACAAGGCCACCGGUUUCCACUUCAAUGCCAUGACCUGUGAGGGCUGCAAGGGCUUCUUCAGGAGGAGCAUGAAGAGGAAGGCCAUCUUCACCUGUCCCUUCAACGGGGACUGCAGGAUCACCAAGGACAACCGGCGGCACUGCCAGGCCUGCCGGCUGAAACGCUGCGUGGACAUUGGGAUGAUGAAGGAGUUCAUCCUGACGGACGAGGAGGUUCAGAGGAAGCGGGAGAUGAUCCUGAAGCGCAAGGAGGAGGAAGCUCUCAAGGAGAGCUUGAAGCCCAAGCUCUCUGAGGAGCAGCAGAAAGUGAUUGAGAUCCUCCUGGAAGCUCACCGCAAGACCUACGACCCCACCUACUCCGACUUCACCAAGUUCCGGCCCCCCGUGAGGAGCAGCUCCAGCAGCAGGGGGGCAGCCAGGUCCUCCUCCAUCCUCACCCAGGAUCUCUCCUCAGAAGACUCCACCGACCUCUUUGGCUCCGACGCCUUCAGCACAUUCCCAGAGCCUGUGGAGCCCCCAAUGUUCUCCAACCUGGUGCUCUCUGAGGAGAACGACGAGAGCUCCUCCAUGAACAUUGAGUUCUCCCACCUCUCCAUGCUCCCACACUUGGCCGACCUGGUCAGCUACAGCAUCCAGAAGGUGAUUGGCUUUGCCAAGAUGAUCCCAGGAUUCAGGGACCUGACAGCAGAAGACCAGAUUGCCCUGCUCAAGUCCAGUGCCAUCGAGGUGAUCAUGCUGAGGUCCAACCAGUCCUUCACUCUGGAUGACAUGACCUGGACCUGCGGCAGCAACGACUUCAAGUACAGGGUGAGCGACGUGACCCAAGCUGGUCACAGCAUGGACCUGCUUGAGCCACUUGUGAAAUUCCAGGUUGGCUUGAAGAAGCUGAACCUCCACGAUGAAGAGCACGUGCUCCUCAUGGCCAUCUGCAUCCUGUCCCCAGACCGCCCGGGCGUGCAGGACACUUCCCUGGUGGAAUCCAUCCAGGACCACCUCUCCGAGAUCCUCCAGACCUACAUCCGUUGCCGUCACCCCCUCCCGGGGAGUCGCCUCCUCUACCCCAAGAUGAUCCAGAAGUUGGCAGAUCUGAGGAGCCUCAACGAGGAGCACUCCAAGCAGUACAGGUGCCUGUCCCUGCAGCCCGAGCACAGCAUGCAGCUCACCCCCCUGGUCCUCGAGGUCUUUGGCAACGAGAUCUCCUGA